AAACCCUCCCAGGUCGUGGCUACGCCCCUGUAAAGCAUGCAUAUCUGUGGGGUCAGAGUUCACCUUCAGGGGAUGAAACUUAACUAAUGUAUCCAAAUACUGUACGUGCGUGUGCGCGCCUCUGCUGCCUCUCUGAAAGGGUUAAACUCAUAGUAAAUCCGUCUCCUCGGGACUCCGCCUCCCAAUUGUUGGGGCUGUUUGCCUGAGAAAUCACACCACUCCAGAUCCCGCCUUCUCCCUCUCGGGCCCCUGGCGGCCCCUCCCACACUGGACCACAUGAAAUGGGUCUGAUGUUGUUGUCAAACAGUACAGUGUGCCGAGCAUCCUCCUCUGAUCCUGCAGCGGGAGCAUCUCUUACAGCAGGAGGCAACAACCAGCCUGAGCUCUACCGGUGUCAAGCAGCAGCCACCUUACUCACACUCUUAUAAUAAUAACAAUAAUAAUAAUAAUAACUCCAUCAGAGACGUCCAUUCAUCUCCCAGUGCGUCUGGACAACAUGGGACGGCCGUGGCACGCGUCAUUGUUGUUACUCUUCUACUUCUUUAUCCACACAAAUGCAUUGACAACGUGUGGAACCAACCAGUUCCAGUGUGGGAAUGGGAAAUGCAUCACAAUGAGAUGGGUGUGUGAUGGCACGGAUGACUGCGGAGACGGCACAGAUGAGCUUCCUGGUACCUGCAUGACCAGAACUUGUAGAUCGUCAGAGUUCAGCUGCGGAGACCGCCUUAACCAGUGUAUACCCAGCACCUGGCGCUGUGAUGGAAAAGCUGACUGUGAGAAUGGAGCUGAUGAAGACAGCUGCGCACCAAAGCAGUGCACCAACACAGAGUUCCGCUGUUCCAAUGGUCAAUGUGUGUCAUCCUCCUUCGUGUGUGACGACGAGGCAGACUGUGAUGACGGCAGCGACGAGGCUUCCUGCCCGCCCAUCACCUGCAGCUCUAUGUCCUUCCAGUGCCACAACACCGUUUGCAUUCCCCGCCUGUGGGCUUGCGACGGUGACUCCGACUGUUCCGAUGGCUCCGACGAGUGGCCCCAGAACUGUGGUACAAAGAAGCCCAACACUGCUCCGGUGCACCAGUGCACAUCUCUGGAGUUCCGCUGCGGCAGCGGAGAGUGUAUCCACGGCAGCUGGAAGUGUGAUGGAGGAGCUGACUGUAUGGAUCGAUCAGAUGAAGCUAACUGUGCUCGCUCCACCUGCCGCCCUGAUGAGUUUGAAUGCGGUGACGGCACUUGCAUCCAUGGCAGCCUCCAGUGCAACCAUCAGUACGACUGCAGGGACAUGAGUGAUGAAAACGGCUGCGUCAACGCAACCCACUGUGACGCCCCGACCAGAUUUAAGUGCCGCAGUGGAGAAUGCAUUAGCAUGGAGAAGGUGUGUGACAGGAAGCGUGAUUGCAGGGAUUGGUCAGAUGAGCCUCUUCGGGAAUGUGGCUCCAAUGAGUGCCUGUACAAAAACGGCGGCUGCUCUCAUAUUUGCAAUGACCUAAAGAUCGGCUAUGAGUGUCUGUGUCCUGCUGGAUAUCACCUGGUGGAACAAAAGCGAUGUGAAGAUAUCGACGAGUGUGCCAACCCAGACACCUGCAGCCAAAUCUGCGUCAACCUGAUAGGCAGUUACAAAUGCCAGUGUGAGGAGGGUUACCAAGUUGAUCCAGCAACCAAAGCAUGCAAGGCCAUCGGUACUAUAGCCUACCUGUUCUUCACCAACCGCCAUGAAGUCAGAAAGAUGACUUUGGAUAAAACUGAGUACAUCAGAGUAAUCCCCCGCCUAAAGAACGUUGUGGCUCUCGACAUGAACAUGCCGACCAAAGAGAUCUACUGGUCAGACAUCUCCCAAAAGAAGAUCUACAGAGCUCAGAUGGACACGGCCGAAGACACAGCUCAGCACAGUGUAGUCAUCGAUAGUGACAUUGAAGCUCCUGAAGGCAUCGCUUUUGACUGGAUCCAUGGUAACCUGUACUGGACUGACAGCAUCCGCGGCACCAUCUCUGUGGUAACCGCUGAUGGUAGUCGACGCAAAACUCUCUUCCACCGAGACUUGUCUAAACCUCGAGCCAUCGUGGUCGACCCCCACAGCAACUUUGUUUACUGGACUGACUGGGGGAAUCCUGCUAAGAUUGAGAAGGGAGGUCUUAACGGUGGAGACCGCAACCCUCUGGUCACUGACAACAUUGAGUGGCCAAAUGGAAUUACACUUGACCUGUUGAACCAGCGGCUCUACUGGGUGGACUCUAAGCUGCACACCCUCUCCAGUAUCGACGUGCAGGGCGGUGGUCGACGUACACUCAUCAUUGACGAACACAAGCUGGCGCACCCGCUGGGCCUCACUGUGUUUGAGGAGAGAGUGUUCUGGACGGACGUCAGUAACAAUGCCAUCCUCAGUGCCAACAGGCUUACUGGUGGUGACAUCACAUCAGUGGCAGAACAUCUAUCGUCACCAGAAGACAUUAUUCUCUAUCAUAACCUCAAACAGCCUGCUGGGAGGGAUUGGUGCCAGGUAUCCGGCUGUGAAUUCAUGUGCCUGGCAGCUCCUCAAGUGGGCAGACAUCCCCCAAAAUACACCUGUGUCUGUCCAGAUAACAUGAUGUUAGCCAGGGAUAUGAGGACAUGUGUACCUGCUGUGCCAACACCACCAGCUCCCGUGCAGCCUCAAGUUCCAGCUAUCGACCCACCUCGUCCGCCACCAGUGCCAGCCAGUACCACACCUAAACCCCAGGUCCGCACAACACCUGAACCCCAGGUCCGCACGACACCUAAGCCCCUGGUCCGCACCACAGCUAAGCCCCUGGUCCGUACUACCACAGCUCCCAUCAUAAUCCCCAGCACUACAGCCAGACCAGUGCAACGCAUCACCAAGCCUCCCAUAAGGCCCACCACACCUGAACCAAGGACCCUUGCACCCCAACCCGUGACCCCUAAAAUUCCUCAGACCACCACAGGGGCUCCGGUUACCUCUCCAGAUCUCCGACAUGCAUUUGCUGCAGCUAUACCCAGCACUGCCACCACCCCAGUAGCUCUGUAUAUUGCAUUACCUCUCGCGAUCAUCUGUCUGGUGGCUGUUGGCGGCGUGCUGCUAUGGAGGAACUACAGGCUGAAGAACACCAACACGAUUCACUUUGACAACCCUGUUUAUCAGAAAACCACUGAGGACCAAGUGCACAUUUGGAGGAGCCAUAGCCCUGAUGGUUACUCCUACCCAAAAAGACAAGUUGUGAGCUUGGAUGAAGAGGCAGAUAAUCCAGCCUUUACAGAAAACUGAGAGGGGGAAGAAGAGCCUCGAUGAUAAGCUACCUUGAACGUCCUUUUGUAUUUUUACCUCACACGGCACAAAGAUAUGGAAGUGAAAGCCAGUGUCAGAACCACUAUAUCCUCACAUCAAGCGCUCUGCAGUUUUUUCCAUCCAUUUCUGACCAUCCAUUCCUCCCCAAACCAUACCAAAUAAGCGGACGAUGGAUUCCACAAUCUA